GCUGACCGACAGCUGAGGCUGUUCGAUAAAACCGGGGAACGGCGGCGUCCCGGACCAUUCAUAACGGCAGUGCGUUACAGCGCAGGAGAGGGAGAACUUGAGAAUCAAGCCGACAAAUCCAAAAGGAAGCGGAAUUAAAGCGCAGCUCAUUUGCAGGACCAGAAGUGCGGUUGGAUAUCGCAUACUCUCGCGCUCUUUAGUGCCUUUGUGUUCCAAUCAAUAUCACUGUAUGUUCCAGUAAUACAGUGUUGGCAACACUCAAAGUUGCAUCAGAAGGGUGAGCUUCACUCUGCUUUCUGCACCCCUUUCCCAAUGAACCCAACGCACUUGGAGACGGGUGGCAAGCCAAGCAUGGGAUUACUUUUGUGAUGUGGAUUGUAAUAGCCUUGGAGGAAAAAAAUGAUUUACUUCUCAACAAUGUGAGAGGACCUGCGUCCUGGAUUCUCAUAUUUCUGGAUAUUCUGAAAAUAAUCGGCAACAGCUGAGAGACCUUGUAACCUACUUGCUGUGGAUCUCUCUCUCUCUCUCUCCUCUCAGGUGUCUCGCCUGUAUGUGUGUUGUGGGACCAACAUGGGAUCCUUGUUGUCCCUAUAGCUCGGACCCCGUUUGUAGAAGGCUCUACUCAUGUCUAACUUGUUUUUUGAGACCUUUACCGAUGCGUUUGCUAAAGUCCGCCUAUCGUCGGAUAGGAUUUUAAAAAGAUUUAUUCGCCUCAUAAAUUCAAUCAUGAACUUUGCUGUCCGCUUGCUCCAAUUGUUUCUUGUGACGCUUCUGUAUUUUUCAGCUGUCAAGAGUGCCUACAUACCCAUACCCAAGGACGGAGGCAGAAGCAUGUAUGACGUGGUGCCCUUUAUGGAGGUUUUUAACCGGUCUCUCUGCCGACCACGGGAAGUGCUGGUGGAUAUUCAGCAGGAGUACCCUGAUGACACAGAGCAUAUCUUUCUCCCGUCCUGUGUGGUUCUGACCCGCUGUGCUGGGUGCUGCAGUGAUGAGAUGAUGGAGUGUACCCCCACCAUCAUCUACAAUAUUACUUUAGAGAUCAAAAGAGUGAAACCACUUCGCCAUCAAGGUGACUUUUUCAUGAGUUUUGCAGAACACCGUGAAUGCCAAUGUCGGGUGAAGAAAGAUGUUUCAGAGAAAAGAGAAAAAAAACCCCGGAAGGGCAAAGGCCAAAAGCGAAAGAGAAAGAAAAACCGUGAAAAAAAGCGGGAUUUCAGUCAGUGUGAGCCUUGCUGCAGUAUGUGUUCUGAGAGGAGGAGAAGGUUGUUUGUUCAAGACCUAGAGACGUGUCGGUGUUCCUGUAAAUACUCUGAAGCCGACUGCAGGUCUAGACAGCUUGAGCUCAACGAAAGGACUUGCAGAUGUGACAAACCAAGAAGGUGAACUGAACAGACUCAGAAUGGACUCUGACAUGAAGGAAUAUUUCACUAAUAUUUCACAGCACUUUGAACUUUCAGCUUUGAAAUUUCUUCUAAUUUUUCCUGUGAGCCAACAUGGAGAGAAUGAGAGAAGGAAGUGAAGGGGUUGGGGAGAUGGGGGUUUAUAGUUGAUGAAAUGUUCUGUCUGUAUAUUUUUCAUGAUUCGUUUGUGUUAUAAGCGAACCGAGAGACUGAAAGCACAGAAUGUGAUUUGCUGCUAAAGGGUGAUUCGAAAAGACCUGCGUUAACGUUUCUGAUCUUGGCUGCCGUGCAUAAACUCAUAAUCAAAAUCACUCAACGAAACACAUCACUGGAUUUUGGGUCUGCUGUGCAGUUUUUCAUGUGAAUUUAAACAUAAAUUAACGCAAACGAAUAAGUUACCAUUUAGAAGACUGCAAGAAUACGUCACCGUUCACUACAUGGACUUGGAAUGGCGCUGUGGAAUCAUUCCUCCCAGUACGAGGACAGUGAGCACAAGGUUUAUGUUUUUUAAAGACGGACAUGUGACUGACAACUUUCUGGGUUUGAGAGUUUUGACAAAAGACUGAACUGAUUGGAAUGUCACACAGUGAUGCCAUGGAAACCUGCCUGCCACUGUGGUAAAUGUUUGCACCACGCUCUGACCUUGACCAGGCAAAUCCAAGAAGCUUUUGGUCGCAUUCACUCCUUAAGGGAUAUUCAUUAUUUGAUAUGUUUGGAAACCACUUUGAGUAGAUUUUGUGACUAGAUUCCAUGCUUCCAUACUACUGGAGGAUUGAAAUAUGGAUUUCGCUUUACGUUUUUCAUUGUCGUUCAGUAUUUCUUGGAAUUUUAGUCCAAAUCUAUUCCAUCAAACAGUUCAGUAAUUUAUGAGUUUAUUUUUAGAAUAUUUUCAGUAUUCAAUCUCUUUGUAUUUAAUUUGACCUAUUUAUGUGCAGUGUAAGAUAAAUCUCUUCUCCCUUUUAUUUUUUGUCUACAAUAUUGCAAAUCUCCACGGCUGCCUAGAGAAAAAAGCUUUUCGUCCUGUUUUAUUUUCUGUAGUUGAACAGAGAAACAUUCCUAUUGCUGAUCAGUGAGUUAUGUUGCCAACUGCCUUGACUUUGCUGCUUUCUGCAAAUGUGUGUGUGCUUUGUGAUCUCAAACAAUUUGUGUAAAUGUGAUUUUGUGUGCAGAUGAGGCUAGUGUUUGUGUGUGGAUGUGCGCAUGUGUGAGUAUGUGUUGAUGAACCAGUUUUGAUGAGAGUGUGACAUAUGUAUUGAAUAACAAUAUAGCAGCCAAAUGUAAAUAUAGGCCGCCAAACCCACGCCACCAUUUAUUUUACUGUCAUAAGUUCUAACAAGUUGAUACAGUAUAUGCUCAGAUGUGGUCUGAUUUGAAGUUUUACAGUUUAAACAUUAUUUAUUUACUCCCUGUAAAUAUGUUAAAUAUUAACAUCUUUUUUGUGUCUGUGUAAUGUAGUAAAACAUAUUUAUUUUCAAAUUAUAUUGCCCUUUUUCUAUAAAACUUUGUUUGGAAACUC